UCACAUAUUCAAACAUGUUCGGGAAUUUUAAUAUUUGGAUUUUUCUCAAAAUGUUCCCGAUUUAAAAAGGUUCACUUUUUGUGAAAUUUUUCUUCAAAAUUUUGAAAAAACUGUUUGCGUCUUCAAAGAACGUUCUUGGCUCUAAAAAAAGUUCACAAACUUCAUAUUUUAUUCCUUUUUCGAAACUUGUUAUCAAAUUGACCGUGCUGCUGUAGUUUGUUCGCUACAGUGCCCCGCAAAAGAAAAGAAAAAGAACACUUCAAGCGCCAAUGGGCUGGCCGCCCGCGCUGCUGUUGGACGCAGCAAGCGUGAAAUAGGCACCAAACGCCAUUUUCUUCUUUGCGUCAUCUUUUCCACCUCUUAGCAAACUGGAUUUACGUACCAUGCACGUCUGCGUGGUUUCUUGGUACAGCUGCCAAUCCCCUAAUUUCAUUACGUAGCAUGCACGGUUCCGAGCGCUAGCAAGUAGCGCGCACCUCCAAGCUCCAGCCGCCUUCUAUAUAUACGUCCCUCUACUGGAGUUCACAAUUCCACAUCACAUACCACCAUGGACGCGCCGGCCGCCUGCGAGAUCGAGCGCCUGCCGGAGGACCUCCUGAUGCACGUGAUAUCGCUCACGUCGCCGGCGGACGCCUUCCACGCCACCGCCGUGUCCGGGGCCUUCCACGCCGCCGCCGACUCAGACACCGUCUGGUCCCGCCUCCUGCCGCGCGACCUCCCGCAGUUCGCCAAGAGGGAGCUUCCCCGCAAGCCGCCGUCGACCAAGAAGGGGAUGUUCCGGCGCCUCUCCGACGAACCAGCCCUCCUCCCGGGCAAGUAUGUGCGCAUGCAGCUGGACAAGGCCACCGGUGCCAAGUGCUUCACGUUUUCGGCCAGCGCGCUACAGAUCACCCAAGCUAAUGAUGCACACACGCCCUUGAUACGUGUAGGUUCAGUGCCGGGCUACAGCAAAAGAGGCAAAAGGUUCUCACAAGCAGCUGACAUCGGCCAUGUUAACAUACUCGAGAUAUGUGCCAAGAUACAAAGAAACAUGCUCUCUCAAAACACAACCUACGUGGCAUACAUGGUGUUCAAGCUAGGACCCAGAUUUUACAGCUUCGAUUUCCCGUUUCAAGAAGCCUCAUUUGGCAUUGCUGGGAGCCAGUCGACUCGCCAGGUUUGCCUGCAAGGCUAUGUCGAGGACGGUGAUGGAGCCGAUGUUCCACCUCGGAAACACAUCGUGCCAAGUUCUUAUCAUAUAUAUAAUCAUGACUCGGUUCCUCCUCAAAAGAACGUUGUUUUCCCACAUAAGAAAGCCGACGGUUGGAUGGAGGUGGAGCUUGGUGAGUUCCAUAAUGAGGGAGGUGACGGUGAGGUCUCCAUCAGCUUGACCGAGACAACAAAACCCAAGAGUGGCCUUAUUGUCUGGGGCAUUGUGAUAAGAAGUAAGCAACAAAAGAAAAAACAAAAAGAAGAAGUAAGCAAUAAAGGCCAGUAAGGCUCUAGCAUUUCGUACCAUAUACCAUGUGGGAGCUAGGAAGGAGAAUUUAUUGGACUAUCUUUUGUUACAUAGAAUGAGGCCAAAACUCUAAGGCUGCAUGUGGUCUUAUUUCCCUAUUUGCUUCAAUAUUUUGUUCUGAAUGUAGUCAAAUGUAUUUUUGAUAGGAAAUAAGUAGGAGAUAAAGAGCUAGGUAUGCCUGUAUGAGUUCCGUUAUAAGACAGGAAUAAGACCGAUUCAUUACAAAACAAAACCGUGUUAAAAAACACAUUUAAUACCUCCGUGACAGCGGCGGAGCGUGAACCAUAACUUUUUUAUGUAAUAUAACCUUUUUUAUUUAGCUAUAAAGGCGUGAACCAUAACUUUCUUUUAGCACUUCGUGAACCAUAACUAAGCCUGAGCCAGUUGGACCAGAGCUACAAAACGGGCCGUAUAACAAAAAAAAAGUGACAGGCUCUACAUAAAGCGCGGCGACUAUAUUUUGCAUUAAGCGAGUCAGCAGAAAGUCUUGCUGAAGGUUUCUACGAUAAUUGGACCGCCCAUUUGC